CGCAGCCUACCGGAGAGAGGGAGAGGCGGGCUCACGCUUGCGCAGUACAGCGGGCUCGAGGGCGCAUGUGCAAACCCAGGAGGACACUUACAGGAUGAACCCAUUAACCAAAGUGAAGCUGAUCAAUGAGUUGAAUCAGCGUGAAGCAGAGCUGGGAGUGCAGGAUAAGGUUUCCUGGCAUGCAGAGUAUAGUGGCAGCGCCUGGGUAUUUGUGGGGGGAUUGCCAUAUGAACUGACUGAGGGGGACAUUAUCUGUGUAUUUUCACAGUAUGGAGAAAUUGUGAACAUAAACCUGGUACGCGAUAAAAAGACGGGGAAAUCUAAAGGUUUCUGCUUCAUUUGCUACGAAGAUCAGCGAAGCACUAUUCUUGCAGUUGAUAACUUUAAUGGGAUAAAGAUAAAAGGAAGGACAAUUCGUGUGGACCACGUGGCCAACUACCGCCCACCAAAAGAUUCUGAGGACAUUGAUGAGAUUACAAAGGGUCUCCGAGAGAAAGGCUGUGGUGUUAAAACUCCUCCUCAAAGUUCAGCUGAAUCCCCAGAAGAAGAUGAAGUGGAAGUAAAAAGGCACAAGAAAGAAAAAAAAAAGAAGAAGAAGAAAGAAAAGCGAGCGCAUCGGAAGCAUCUGAAAGAGGAAUCUGGUACAGAUGUGCUUUUCCCGAAAUCCAAGAUUAAAGUGGAAAAGGAAGACCCGGACUAUGAACGCUAUGCUGGUGAAAACCAGGAAACCUGGGGUAGCACAUCUGGGCACCAACACCAGAGUAGGAUGCCACCAGGACAAGAGCUCAGAUAUGAGAGGGGGGUAGAGCGAUCUGGGGAAAGAGGCUCAGAAAGGGACAGAUAUGAGCGCAGAAUGCCCCCCAGUGAGGAGAAGCACAAGAAAACGGAAGCCAUCAAAGAUAGACAGCACGCAUCAGAAAGCAGAUCACGUGAUCGCUCAAAGAACAGAGAGAAGUCUUCCCGGGAGAAAUCCUCAAGUCAUUACUAAGUCAACUGCUGUUUUCUCUCCUUGCACGCAAGAAAGGCCAGCCGUAGCCUGUGCUGUCAGAACAUCGGCUCGGUGAAACAGGUGGAGUUGUAGGGUGGCAGCGCAGCAUUAAAUUUUGGAAUUGAAGGAGAAAACUCUGGGGUGCUCUUUGGAGCUGCGGUUUGUCUCUCCAGAAAGGAAAACCACAAGAAACAAAAUCAAGGUGCUAUUUUGCCUACCAUUUGCAGUAAAGGCCUGAAUUCCAGAUGCAAAACAGCCGUGUGAGCCUUCCAUUCCCCCCACUUCAAAAUCUAGGCUUAAUAAGUCCACUUUGAAUGGUUGCCACCUCUGCAGCUUCCAAUGCCAACUUCAUUUCUGCUGCUUGCAUUUUUGCAAUUAUCCUUCUUAAGUUGCGGCAUGGAGGUGCGACGGCUUAAAAGGAGAAGAUCUGUGCUCUCGCAGUUUGAGUCCUACUUCCGUGCGGUGGGGCGAGUUCCCGUCACUUGCCUCUGCUCCUGCCAACCUAGCAGACCAAAAGCUCAUAAACGCAAGUAGAUAAAUAGGUACCACUUCUGUGGGAAGGUAGCAGCAUUUUGUGUUUUGCCAUAUGUUCUGCAGUGCAGCAUGAUGCCAUGCUGGCCACAUGAUGUCAAGAAUGUCUUUGGGGAGUACGGGCUGAGUGGCUUGAAGAAACAAAUAUGAGCACCGCCUCCUAAAGUCUGCCACGGCUAGCAAAGUUCCUACCUGCAGGAACACCUUCACCUUUGCUUUGUUGCAGUAUAAUUGUAUGGCAAGGGAUGAGCAGUCUUUUCAAGGCAGGGCCUGCAUUCCCUUAGCUAAGCAAUCAGGAUCUGCAUAUGCAUCUGAGGUUAAUUGGGGCAAAGUUGAAACUUUGGUUCAUGUCCUUUCUCAUCGCAUCGAUUCAUCCAUUCAUCUUCUCACACAUGCACCCACAUAUCUAACAUGCUUCCUCUCUCAUGUGGGUGUGCAUCUGCCAGUUUGCAAUCUCUCACCCUCUCUUAUUUUUGCUGGCUCCUUUUUCUACUUUUAUUUUUUUCCUCCUCCUGGCACUUUUUUUACCCGCAGUGGUGGAAGAUGUACACAACACACUGUUUCUGUUUGCAGAGGCAGCUUAUAAUAUUUUUUUUCCUGAUAAGGGAGAUGUGCCAUUUGCAGCCUUAUCAGGAGCAAAAGGCCCCAUGGAGUGUGACUUAAGCCCUUAUCACCACUAGCUAGGCUACUGAACAUAUUUUAGAUGCACAUGCUUUUGAAUAUUAGUUUAAAGCUUCAGCUGCCCACCUGCUGGAAGGCAAGAACCACCCCAGCAUUGUGAGCAUUGCAUUGGCUUCCAGGUGCAUUUCAAAGUGUUUAUUGUAAUUGAUGAAACUGCUUUGAUCCCAGAUUUCUUCACUUGUUCUGGACCUUUCUCCCAAGGGGAGGUACAAAGGUUAGGUGAGGUGGGAGCUCGCCAAUAAUGUGUUUUGGGUGGGUGGGGGCUCUCGCCUUGCAGAACAGCCCCACCUCUCCAAAAUGGCCUGGUUGGUAUUCACCUUGGCAUCUUUGCAAUGUUAUAGAUAAUUAAGCAGAACCUUUCUAGUCUUUCAAUAACUCUUGCUAUGCACAUUAGGGACGACAAUGGUGAGGUUAAUUGUUCAUUGAUCAGUGAACAUUGCAUCUUUGUAAUGUUUGAUUGUUGUGCUGGUAAACUGUCAUGAGCUGAUCCGAUCUGAUGGUACAUGAAUAGGUUGAGCAGAGGAAGUAUGCAAACUGCUAGGUGGGGCACCAGAACAAAAGUGCACAAGCCCAGGGCUGUAUUUAGCCCCCCAAAGGCUUGUUGUGAGUCUUAAGGAGCUCUAAAUUAUCAAACUAUAAUUCUGAAUAUAUGUCAGCGAGACAUUUUUAAACAUACAGACUAAAUGUAUUACUGUAUUAUGUAUUCAUUAUAUUUACUUUUAAUUUUAAAAAAACAGUGGAAAACAUCCA